GUUGUGAUGUCCUUGCGACUCCCCAGCUGGGGAUGUCACGGCCUGUGUAAUGACGGCAACGAGGCGACAACGCUUGCAAGCCUCACUCUCUUGCAUUGCUCUUGCACUCGGUUUCUACUUCCAACGCUUGAUGUGGGCCUAAGCACCUAUGUAGGGGCAUCUGCACGUGACGAUACGGAUGAGUGAGGGCCUAUUCUGGCCUAUCUUACAUACACGGCACAUCCAAGGUGCGGCCGGUAGUGCUCAUCUGCACCAUUCGGACCUCAUCUAGACCACGGUGUACCGGAUUCUCGGGUAGCUGCGCUUUUCCGUAUCGCUACUUUGCUGCGACUCGGACUCUCAACGCUCUACGACACCCUCGUAGAUGCCUCCAAGUCAGCUCCACGUCCAACGGGUCGCGUCUACUCAGGUCGGAGAACCUGUAUCGUUCCUGUCUGGCCCGCUGGCCAAUCGUGUCGUGCGUGUACAAGUCGUCGAACUGCAGAAGGCUGAAUUGGGGCGCAAGUGCGGCAUCAAGGAUAGGCGACCUCUUGACCCCCCACCUGCUGUCCAAGUGAAGCUCUUUGAACUCGAUGGAGUCGGUACGUCCCAGGCAACAGAGCAUGAACUCAUGCACCUCAGUGAAUCCAUAGCGUUGGGGUUCAUUUGUUUCGUCGAUCUGUUCCCAUUUCCAGAGGCCAGCGACCCUCCCAUGGAAGGCAUCUCCGAGUCCCUACCUUCUACAUCACGCUCGGCCUACAGCCAAUAUGAAGACCGCGCCCCAAGUCCCGUUCUGUCUUCCUCCCUGUAUUCGCCACUCGAAGAUCUUGACCUUGUAGAUUCUGCAGGCGCCGACUUCGAAUACCCCGUUAACACACCCAUGGAUACGAUUGAUCCAGCUGUGAUAGGGCUGAGUACCUCCCUUAAUCCACCAAGUAUGUCGGGAGGCGUAUUGCCAAUGCGAGUUCCCUACAACCCUAUCCCAGCUCAGAAUGCACAAAGGCAGGAAACGGCGGGGCCUAGUCCAAACGAAGUGGUGGCUUACGUUAACGGAGCACCCGUCAUACAAGGAUCAUGUUGUACGACGGCGUUUGUAGGUACAACCUUCGUCUCCGUGUCGUGCUUUAACCUUCAUGGAAAUUCGGCCCUCCUGAGCGUCUUUUCGGAUCUAGCAGUGACCAUCACGGGCACGGUCUUGAUCCGAUAUCGCGUGGUCAACAUACUUCACGCCACCUUCGAGCAUGCUCAGCGCCCCGUCCUUGCGGAGUGUUGGGGCGGACCCGUCACUAUAUAUCCCGCAAAUCUGUUUCCCGGUCUCCAGGAGUCAACAGAUCUGACAAAGACUUUGUCAAGUCUUGGUGUGCCGGUGAACAUAAGGCAGACCGAGCGGAAGAGGAGGAGAAAGGACGAUGGGAAGCGCAGACUCAAGCGUUUAGAGAGCGCUCCGAGUACCGGCUAGUCCACUCAAAUCCACCAUAGAGCUAUGCACAUAUGCUGCCAUUCGCCCAUGCUCUCUCACUUCGUAUGUGCAAUCUGUUUCUCUCUGUCACGACAACGCUACUUGACCGCUACACACUGACGUUGUUUGCAAUGCAUUGUCCAGUGUACACAGUA